AUGAGCAACGAUUCACUGAAGCAGCUUGCAAGAUAUCAUCCGAACCAUCCUAAACCAAAGAAAGUAGCUGAAUUUUUCAGAUUUAUCAAGGAUGCGAAUUAUGUUGAUCCUGAUGCAGUCAAUCACCAAAACUGGAGGAAUGAAGAGGAAAUGAAGGAAGCCGCUUAUGCUGAUGAGCUAAAGGCUCUUACAGAGUUUAAAAACACGCGUAAUGACUGGUUUGUUAAAGAACCGAGCAAGAGAAGCAAAAAGGCUACCCCUAAAGCACAGGAGGAACCGGUUGUGAAUGUUGAAGAAAAUCAGGAUGCUGAUAUUGAUGAUGUGAUGAUAAACAUUGAUGAUUUAGAGUCAGAGCAAGCAGCUAACAUAGAAGUUGAUGUUCGUCUUUCACCUAAUUCUCAGAAUUUUCUGAAGAAAUUGAAUGCAUUUAAUGCUGAGAAAGAUAAAGCUGAUGUUGCUCAGAAAGAGAAAGUAAUUGAUGAUGUAGAAGGUGAUGACGUUGAUAAAAGUAAUACAAGUUCUUCGAGUUCUUCUGAUGAUGAGAUAGAUGAAACUGAACGUUUAAGAAGGAUUCAAGAAGAGACAGAGAAAGAGAAACAUUUGAGAAAGAGGAAGAGACAGAAGAAGGAUGAUGCUGCAUACAUUCCAUCUCCUGAGCAUGUAUCUGAGUCUCAAUCGCGUUCAGGUGGAAAGAAGAAAGUUGGUGCGAGGAAGGGGAUUGUGUCUCCGAAGAAAAACAAAGUUACUUCAAAGAUCACAAAGCCAAAGAUUGUUCUGAAAAAGAAACCAUCUAAAGAACCAAGUAAACCACCAACACCACCACCUGAACCUACACCACAUAAAUCACCAAUACAAUCACCACCACAUCAAACACCUCCACAACAACCAACACCUCAAAGACAACCUUCACCACCAAAACAACCAACACGACCUAGACAACCAUCACCAUUACAUCUUUCAGCGUUACAUCUCUCACCACCUCAUGAACAAUCAUUUCUUACAUCCCAAUAA